AUGUCUUCAAUCACAACCGCACAAGGUGCCGCCUUCGCCACCGCCAUGGCUGUCUCCGGCACCGUCAUCCUCCUCGCUCUCCGUCUCCAGAAAUCCCUCCCACCAACCCAAUUCUCAUCCCUUCCUUCUCAACCUCCAAUUCUACGAUCUUGUAUAUCCUCCGGUGGAAAGAAAACGAAGAAGAAGAAAAGAGUUCGUUUUGCGGAGGAUGUUAUGGAUAGGUGUGGAGACGGAGAAGAGUAUAGAAAGCGACAUUUGUUGAAGAUGAAUUCAAGAUCGAAGGUUUCGAGAAACUGUAAUGGCGGAAAUGGAAUGCCUGCGAACAGAGUUGCCUUGUAUAAUGGAAUUCUCAGAGAUCGUGUUAAUCAACGUUUGGCUUAUUGUUGA